AUGCCCAUCAACUUUAUGUCAGGCUUCCUGCUAAAACAAAUACUAUGUGCACUUGCAGGAUGGACCACACUGCACAAUGCGCCUGAACUUGUGGUCAUACAAUGUGGAUUGGCAGUUCCAACACCAUAUCCUUGUCCUACCACACGGGCUAAGGAACCCGUUGGACUGUACCCUGGUUUCGAGAUCAUGCAUAAAACUAUCAAGGAACAGGAAUGGUAA